CGCCCGUGCGAAUGUGGACAAUACCUUAAGUCUACCAGAAUAAACGAAUCAAAGCAAGUUAAGCACGGCGUUAGAAAGCCUUCACCGCGGAAAGUGGAAACGGAAGUGCUUUGUGAAGUGUGUUCAGUUUAGAAGAGUAGUGAUUGAUUUAAAAACAAUUUGUGCAAAUACAGAUUUAAGAAUAUUAAAACAUCGCACAUAAACGGCCACCAGCAUUUGAAAUGAAAUACAAGGACACAAUAUUGCUUGUACAAAUUACAUGGUGAAUAAAUGAAGUGUAAUAAAUGCGAGUAAUUGCGUCAAUAGAACUAACUGAAUACUAAUUGCUGUAACCAAGUUUCCUUGUGCCACAAAAAUACUUAGCAAAAUGUCUCCAAGUCAUUAUACAAUAAAGCGGUUUCUUCAAGAAUAUAUCAUAUUUACAAGUUUGGGAUAUGCUUUUUCCCGAUCUUUGCCAAGUGCAAAUAAUAGACCAACUCCACAAUUUGAACAUCAUUUUCAAAGUAAUUUGGCAGUGCACCCAUUCUAUUACGGUCAUCCGAAUUCCCAGGCUUAUUGGCCCCAUGAGCCAGUUGGUACUUUUUUUGACAAAAAGCGUGGUAUAUUACGGUCAUUUCCCGGCGGAGGGGUACCAGUGUUGGUCGACCAUCACAAGCGUUGUUCCAGUAACUUUGUGGGCAUUAAGCCACAUCCCAGUCAACGGCAAUACUACUACGUUUGUAAGCCCGAUUGUGUGAUAUUUGGGAAGUGUCAAAACCUGCAGUCGUUCGAUGCUACCAAAGCGCAGUGCAUUCCGUAUCCUACCCCUGACUACACUCCAGUGUGUGUAAAACCUGGCCGCUUUCCCAUUUCAACAGAUUGCUCGAUAUACUACAGAUGUGAUGCAGAUCUUAAAGCACACAUCCAUUCGUGUCCACGAAAUACCAUUUUUUCGCCGCACAACGAAAAGUGCAUAUGCGGCGCUCAUUGCAAUCCAACAAAAGUUUCACUCCAUAGUUCGCAUAUACCUCAGGACUGUGAGCACAAAUUUCCACCAUGUCUGCAAAACGGCACUUUUCGUACGCCCACGGAUUGUUCUCUCUACUAUACAUGUGUUAAGGAAGGGUCGCUCUAUCUGCAAACUCGCUUCAAAUGUCCAGAGCUAGAGUUUUUUGAUCCUGCAAAGGGUACUUGUCGGCCGCAACAUGAAGUCGCCUGCGAUUCUAUACAACUAUCUGAAUUGGUAUUUCCCAGGCCACCACCACUACCUCACCUUCCCGUAAUAUAUCCUGCACAUUAUUCUAUGGACUCACUGGAUGAUAGUGACUACCCAACGGAAUAUUCCCUAUCUUGCUCUAAAGAGGAUACAAUCAGCGCCAGCGUUAGCUCAAACGAAAGAACGACGUCUUCAAAAUUUCCUGACUCAUUAACAACUUCACCAUCUAAACAAAUGGUUGAUACAAGCUCUGAAAAUUCUAUAGAAAUAAUUGCACACACACCAAGCUCUUUUACAGCUUCUGCUUUCGGCGUAACAUCGACAGAACCCUUAUUACAAAGCCAUUCGUCACCAACAGGAAAUUCGAACGGAAUAAUCCUCUCAUCAACUUCUCCGCCCAUAACAAUUGGCAAUACUUCCCAAAGUCCUAUUUUAUCACCCGAAGUUGCUUCUACUAAAACCUUUGCGCCUAAAGCUGUUCCGACCACUAAUUCAGUAGUUGUAGGUGCUUUCACUCCAACAUUUCCAUCAUUAAAUCCAUCUAUUGUGAGCUCUUCUCCUGACAUAAUUUCAGUUCAAACCAGCUCACCAAUAGAUUUCGUUCCAUUCGUUCCAACAAAACUACAAACCAGUUCUUCCACAAUAGCGUUUUCAUCAACAGCUUCCUCAAUAUUUCACUCAUCACGAACGAAACACUCUACACCUCCUUCCACUCCUAUAACUAUGUUACCUAGAGACUUCUCUACAACAAAUACCAGGUUAGCAGCGGCUGCUGAAAUAACUACAACUCCUUUAAUACCCAGUUCAACAACUCCAUCGUCGUCAACAAGUUUUUCAAGUUCUACAGAUGAAGAUCGCUCUUUACCAACAAAAUCUCACACUAGUACCUCUUUAAUAAAUAUACUGCAUAUGAGUUCACCGACUGUUCACUCAUCUUCCGUCGAAAUAAUUACAACCGGAACAGUUUCCACUUCCGAUUCCCAACCGCACACUACUCUUCCCAUAACAGCUUUAUUUCCACCAGAUUCCACAACAACUGAACUACCAACGACCCAUUCAAGAACUAUACAAUCCUCUAUGCCUACUGAUUCAUCGAUUCUACCUCCGGUGACUUCAAAUACAACUUCAUCGUUACUAGAUGAUUCUUCUCCAUUAGGCACUGUAGAAUCUAUUAAUGUGACUAAAAUUAAGCCAACUGUUUCUACCUCCACUUCAGUUACAGAAUUUCCAAUUCAUGCUACCGAUAUACCCAAGCUCGAAGUCGUAGUCUUCGGAAACCUGGAUUUAACUGUUCUUUAUUGCCCCAAAGAUUGUAGUAAGCAGCAUGAACAUAAAUAUGACAAAAAGGUUUUUGGUGAUCAGCAUGUGGUCGGUAUUCAGUGGGAUCCAGCAAAGUCUAAAAAAACGAUGAGUAUUCAAACGGUUUAGAAGCCAACGGAAAAAAUUAUUGUAAAUAAAUCAGUAGAAUUAGAAAUAUUUGUGAGUCCCUUAAUUAAAAUAUACGUUAGUUGGUAGU